ACUCCACCUUCCGGCUAUCUCAGUCCUCAACACAAGACCAAUGCAUCAUUGUGAGUGGACAGAGUGGUUCUGGAAAGACUGAAGCUAUGAAGCAUAUAGUCCAUUACCUCAGCUCAAUGUGUCAGGACAGAAAUGACAACCUAAGACAGCCGAUGGAAGCCUUUCCCAUCUUGGAAAGCUUUGGGAAUGCCAAGACCAUUCUUAACAACAACUCUAGCCGAUUUGGCAAGUAUCUUCACAUUCACAUACUCCAUGGAGUUGUUGUAGGAACCUCACUGUCUAACUAUCUCUUGGAGAAGUCGAGGGUUGUCUUUCAGGCCAAUAAGGAGAGGAACUAUCAUGUGUUCUAUGAACUGCUGGAAGGUAUGAACGACUGGGACAAAGAGAAGCUGUACCUGCAGGGGGCUGAGACUUAUUACUACCUAAAUCAAGGUGGUGCCUGUGCUUUGAAAGGGAAACAGGAAAAACAAGACUUUCAACUUUUGCUUAAAUGUUUGGAGACUAUUGGCCUACAUGCAAAUCAAAUCUCCAACAUCUGGGCCAUCCUCUCCUCUAUUCUGCAUCUUGGUAACAUCUGUUUCAGCUCAUAUGAGAGUGAGUCAUUUGAGGUGGCUCGUAUCUUCAGUGAGGCAGAGGCCAGAAGGGUUGGGUCCUUGUUACAGAUUUCAUGUGAAACCCUUCAAACAGUAAUCACUCACAAAGUCACAGAAACCAGCUAUGAUCGCAUCUACUGCCCCCUGUCUGUGGAAAGUGCCAUAGAAUCAAGGUGACUAAUGAGUCUGACUCAUUUCCUGUCUUGGCAGAGCAGCAGCAGGCCCAGAGUCAUGUCAGUUAGUGUUCCCUUUUUUUGUUACUAAAACUGUAGAAAUGACAGUUCUGAGCUUGACUAAUUAAGGACUUCCCUGCAAGCAAUUAUACAUAUAGUAAGGCACAAAAGAAUUAUUACCCCUGCCUGAUUUAGACUUUAAAUCAUCUUAAAUAUUAAAUCUAUCCCCUUAGUUUGUUGGGCAACUUAGAUGACUUCACCACCGAGACAUUUCAGUUCAUAUGGUUCUCACUACCUUAUUUAUCACUAAGAAAACUGUGAUCUUCUUUCUUUUGUUGUUGUUAUUCUUUUGUUGGACCAUAUUAGUCUUGAGACAGCCUCUGCAGUCACAGCAAAUGUAACAAUUGAUGGCAAGGAAGGUUUCCCCCAAAAAACAGCCGUGAAAAUGAUGAUGCUGCAGGUAACAGACUGAUAGAUCUCCAAUAUCUUGUUGCAGACAUUAAAACGUUGAACCUUCCUCUAGAAGUAGAGUCUCCUUAUUCCUUUCAUGUACACAGCCUUAGUGUUAGACAUCCAGAUAUUUAUAGUGCUCCAACACCUCCACUUCCUCCCCCUAAUCCUUGUGGCUGUGAAGUAUAUCGCUCCAGUCUUGCUCACAUUCAGCCUCAGGUGGUUCAGUUCAGUCCAAUCCGCAAAGUUUUCUAUCAGUUAGUUACAGUGGGAAGAGUAUUCGCCCUACUCUCCCCAUAUGACUUCCUCGAGUCAUCUUAGAACUUCUGUAGGCGGCAUUACUCUGUGUUGUACUGGAGGUCAGUCAUGUGUAAGGUGGAGAGAAAAAGACAGACAAAAAAGCAUAGUGCCCUGAGAAGGCCCUGUAUCGCUGACCACCAUAUCAGACAGAGCCCUUUCCAGAGGGACAAACUGUGCUCUGCUUGUCAGGUAGUCAGCCAUCCAGGAGAUCACUGAGCUCUUGAUACCCAUAACUCACAGUUUGUUAUCCAGCAGUGGCAGCUGAAUGGUGAAUGGUGUUAAAAGCAUUGGAGAAAUCAAAGAUUUCUCCAGAGACCAAAUAAAACAUAACUCGUUGCCACAGGUAGAUAACAGCAUCUUUAACUCCUGAAAAGCCGUGUCCUGAAAAGGGCUAAGGCCAGUCUCUCCAGAACCUUCAUCACAUGACACAUGCUACAGUAUCAAGAAAAAUAAGUUGUGUUCACUUAAAUCUAUGCAAACCAAUUGCCUCAAUAGGAUAAAUUAUUGCAACAUAUAAAAAUGACGUUACGUUGUGUGAAGUAUUGCAAACCUAAAAUAACUUGAUGCAUUCUAGUUUAGUUGUACAUAAACUAAAUAGCAAAGACAUUUUGAUGUUAUAAGUUAUAUGCAAAUUAGGUCUUUGGUCCAGGUUUUUCCACUGUAAAAAAAUAUUUUUAGAUGAUUUCAGCAUUUUAUUUCUGCCUGCAUCACCAAGAACAUCAUUAUAUUUGUUAACCUACUGUACAUACAUUAAAGACAUAAUGUCAUCAGGGCAUAUUUUAUUUUUCAACACUGAAAUAGUUGUUCAUAAUUUUAUCUUCAGUUUGCAAGUUUGGUUGAACAGAAAUGACUCAUACAAAGUUUGGUGCAAUUUAGUCUUUCUGGGUGAAAGGUGUAGCAUUUUGUUUGCUUUGGUGAGUACGCCACUUUUGCCACUUGACUCAGAAACAUGCUCAAAAACUUAAAAUUUGGAUCCCUUACCAGCACAAUGAGAGAUGAAGCUUUUAGCUCAUAAUCACUUGGAGUGUGGUAAAGUUUGAGAUGUGUAAAUGUUAAAAAUAGCCAAAAUUUGCCCUUUGCCUUCCUCCCUGUACAUUUUAGGACAUAGAGACUUUUUUUCUUGACUUGAAGAGAAUCUACCUUCAUAUCUCUACAAUGUUUAAAAUCUCUACAAUGUACAAUCUAUCUGAGCAACUGUGUAUCAACUUUGUCAAUGAGCCAUUAAAUUAAUACCAUUUAGUUUAAUAGAUUUUUUGAUCACAUUAAAAAAGUUACAUUUCAGAUGGGGGACGAUUUUGGGUGAAGUUUGGUGAGUCUUUGAAGAUGUUUAGGAUCUCAAAUUUCCAUUUUUGGGCAGAAAAGAGAUACAAUAGGCCUUUGCAGCAAUAGGCCUUCACUGCUUGGGCCUAAUUUAAGUAAAUUUAGCAGAUAUGCAUAUAAAGUUGGGUAUGAAGCCCAACUGUUGCAAUUUUAUGUUUUUUUUUUUUUUUUUUUUUCUCCGAAGAGUUUUUGCAGCGCUAGUGGCUCGUAUUUUUUCGACAGUAGGCA